AUGGCAACCUGUGCAUACAUCGUGUCUGACAACGAAGCAAAUCUCCCUGCUGCGAAGGCGAAGCUCCCUUCCAUUAAGGAACGAACGACCAUCCCGAAGUUAGAGUUGAACGCCCUCACUAUGGCAACCCGGUUAGCGCACAACAUCUUCUCAGCAAUAUGUCAACGUACAAGAAUCCAAAGCGUUAUUGUUCUCUCGGAUUCCGAAAUCGCUCCGAAAUGGCUAGCCUCUCAUUCGAAUAAGAAAAAGAUUGGAAUUCUAGUAAAGAAUCGCGUGGAAGAAAUAAGAAGGAUAGUUUCAAACAUCCCAGUACCAGUACAUUUCGGAUACGUCAAAACUACCGACAACCCUGCAGACUGCGCCACCCGUGGAAUGGAUAAGAACAGCUUCUUCGACCGAAUGUGA